AUGGGUGUUGUAGAAAGCACAAGUGGCAGUGGAUUGGACAGGAUGUUAGUGCGACAAGAGGGCUCAGCUACGAGGCUGGUGCAGCGAUCUCCAGGAGGAGUAACGAUGUACAGCAGAGAUGCAGGGGAUGGCGGGGUGGGUGUGGUUUCUCUUUUGCAGAAACUGCCAUAUAAGAACCCAACACACCUUGCUCAGCAACAGGAACCCUGGUGUCGACUCAGCUCAACUCCCACAAUCACGUCCAUGAGGCAGGAUGUUUAUUUUUUUGAUCCUGAGAUACCGAAGGAUGAUCUGGAUUUCCGAUUAGCAGCCUUGUACAACCACCACACAGGGACAUUCAAGAGCAAAAGUGAGACACUGAUACACAAGGAGACCAUUCAGGAUACCCAUGGAAUCAAGAUCCAAUUCCCUGGAGAAUUUUUUUCCCCUCCCCAGCCACCCCCCAUCACUUCCCGAGCUAACAUCAGACACUGGAUCAACCCUAAGAAGGAGUCUAUUCACAGCAUCCAGGGAUCCAUAGUGUCCCCUCACACUGCAGCCAGCAAUGGAGGGUAUUCCCGAAAGAAUGAUGGUGGCUUCUUCUCCACCUAAGUGCUGACAGGCCCCUGGACUAAUUAAUCAUAGUGGAACAUCCUGCCGCCCACCUCCAUUAAAUAGAUUUGUGUAAGAUGAA